GCUGCCCGUCAAAAUGCUCCCGGUGCAUCUUGCAUGGUAAGCUUCGCUGACGACCCACCGAUUUCGGGAUUCCUUGUUUUCAUGACGCACGGAUUUUGGUGCCCACGUGACUAUACAUACCUUCGACGUUCCGAGCCGUGGACUGCUUUUCGCGGCAUAGAGACAGCACGUACUUCUGAUAGCGAUCUUGUUUGACGAGGAAGAUGAAGUUGGAUGGAUAUCCACGAGGAUUCAAGCGCUAGUUUGCGUCUUGUGAACUCGCUUACCAUGUUGAGAAAGUUUCGCCCAUGCAUUAUGCUUCAUUGCUUUUCCUUCUAGUGGCAUUCGAUUGCAUGGAAGUGCAUCACCUGAUGCAGUUAAAUAAUUACUCCAAAGACACAGUCCGAUGGAGCACGAGCAUCUAGAACGACAUCCACAGGGCUUUUACCUUUUUAUAACAGAAUUUGGGCAGGAUGAGGUGCCUAGGUAAAGAAGAAUAUCACGUGAGUGGCUUGUGGCAGUGUUUUGACUUCGAAUGCCUCACACUUCCCGUCAGAAUCAUCUCUCAUCUACCAUCUUCAAUCAUGCCCAGCUAUCAACAUGGACUCACAUGGUCUCUCGACAGAACCCAUCUCAUUCAGUCGCUUGGCCACUCAAAACAUUCGUCAAAUUUAUGCCCAUAAGCUACAGGGAUUCCGAUGGUUGCUUGGCCUAGCUGUAGUCUUCCAACUCACGCCCAACACUGGCAAGCUAUACUGGCACUACUCUACUCAUCAUUCACCGUCGAUCUUGCCCGACUUUCUAGCCUUCUCACUUUCUCUGGCGGCCAGAAUUACUUGGUUGUUCCUGUUUAGGAAUCCAGCUGAAUUUCUGCUCUUUAGACGACCAGGACGAGGAUACCAAUGGGCAGUAUGUGGAACAGUAAUCUUGACUACGCUGCCCAAUGGCGUGGUCCAUAUCUGGGCGUUGAAGAUGGCACUCAAAAAUGACACCGUCGUGCUCUCUGGGAUAUGGACUGCGAUUCUCGCGAUCAUCUUCUUGGUACCUUUGGCGGGACUUGUGUCAUGGAUGGCUUGGAGGUUUCUUUUGGGCUUUGAGGAGACCGAUGAAAAGUUUGAGCCCACAGUCAAGUACGGCCCAUCCAUCGCAGAGUAUAGGGACAAUCCAACACCGAUUUUGACACGCACUGAUAUUUCCUCGGGAUAUCUUUCUCAGGCGUACGAAGCACAAAAGAUUAGCGAGCAGGAAGAACCUGCGCUUCAGAGCCUUGCAAUACGUGAAGUUGUACCAACAUCAGCGGAUGCACAGGUCGAUACAGUUCAAGAAUUUUUCGUUGAGGCUGACCCCAUUGUGCCUGUGGAUGCUGCAAAACCUCCCCGCUGUCAAACCAUCGCACGAUUUGAACAUAUGUCUGAAAGCCAUUCUGGUCCACAUUCUUGGUUCUCCUUUCCAAUAAUACCAGUUGUUCUAUCUGUCUACGCUGCCCUUCUUCUGGUUGCACUCAUAAUAUGGAUUCAUGAGGAUCGAGAGUACAAGCUCAGGGAUCCUUCACAAUUACUGAAGAGGACCCUAUGCAUGCCAAUUGGAAUGUGUCUCUUAGCCUUCUAUGCCUACAAACAUCAUAUUCGCGCAUCGAUAUUUGAACGCUUCGACGUAGAACCUCCGCAGCCAUGGAAGAAGAUGCUCUCUAUUCUUCCAUCCUGGUUCGGAACGGGAGGCACGUACAAGAACCGAGAUACGGGAGAAAUCACAGUUUUUGACCCGGGCCGUCGUGCGUUCCCAUGGCGUGCUACUCAUCGGUCCAAAGUGAUUGAUAGCCGUGAGUACAUUACAGCAUUCAAUGCAAAUCCAGGACUCUGCACCACCUAUUGGGGGCAUUCCGGGCGAAGCGUCAAGACAGACUUCAAAUUUCGUGCAACGAUACACCGACUUGGUUUCCUCGUUCUUGCCAUAUACCUGACUUUGAAAGGGUUCUGGAGCAUAAUAUGGUAUAACGUUCCGAAUGUCUACGACGAAGUGUUGAAGCAUCCGACGACGAUCACGAAAGAAGACAUAGCGCGAAUUUCUAGAAUCCUGUCCAUCUGGCAAGUCUCGGUAUUUUCGGGUCUUUGGGCAGCAUUGUUUGCUUUAUUGUUCGGAUUGGGAUGUGUGGGGAGUAUGUUGGUACUUUUUGUCAGGACGGUCUGGAAGUAUGUUCCGCAGGAGGAGAAAGAUAAAAUCGCCAGGGACCACAGAGCAUGGGAACAGGGGAGCGCCGAGCGGCAGGGCAUUCCGGCAUGAUGUGCAAAUACAAAAAAACAGCAUGCUAUGGAGAUUUCAUGAUACUUGUGCACCAGCCACAUAGUACAUUUGAAUUCUCAGAUGGGGAUUAGAUGGAUGUCGCUACACAUAUACGCGACUUUUGAUUUCGAGGCUAGAGGAUAUGUUCGUGGGAUUGCGAAAUAGGAAUAAUCCUCUACACUAGGUGGAAAUCACGCUCCUCGGCGGCUUCAAAUUCGGCAAUCAGCUGCCUAUCCGCGAUCCUCCCCACACCAAGUCGCCGAAAAGAAAUAGAUCCAGCGUCUACCUCCUCCACAAACAAAACAUCAAUCACGGGCAAAGACGUCUUGAUCCACAGCCCAUGGGUCAAGUAUCUCGUCGAUACAUGCAAAGCAUACACGGCGAUUCCAUAAUCGGCACAAGCUGUUGGGUGUGGCUCAAGCUGUUCAAGAGAUCCCCAUCCUGCAAUGACAUCUGGCCGAAAGGCAGAACAAAUUGCACGCCACUUGCAGGAUUUCGGAACUGGGGAGUAGCUAGUUGACAGUGCAGCAUUCUUCAGAUUGUCUUCCGUCUCGAGAUAUCCUCGAACAUGGACGGUGUGCAACUUUCCUCGGACGUGGAGACAUGAAAACAUGUUCGUUGGAUCGAAAGUCGGUCUCUCGAUCAUUUCAAUGUAAGGUCGAAGUCUACAGCCAUCGAUGACGAGAUGAUCAGGGAUGUCAUGCCGUCCUUUACGCUCAAAGCACAAUCCAGUAAUGGCGCAGCUCGGUUUCGUCCCUCCACUCCUUGCUGGCCAAUGUACGACGGUCAGAAGUGAUGCCCAGGACCAAGACGGCGCCUCCUUGACUUUCUCUGUCCAGAGUUUGGCAGUGUGAUUUUCCUCCCAAAGCAAGCCGUGAUGGAUAUCACGAAGCCACAAUCCAGCCACAUAAACCUCAUUCUGCUUCUCAUUCUCCAAGCUCGGAAGACGGCCUGGAUUUGCCAGGAUCGACCCAACUUCUUUCGCUAAACCCGCUACCGCUAGGAUACGAUCCAACUCAGGUUUGGUGAGAUGUUGCCCAGAAUACACUUCCAGAACUGGAUACCAAAAGCUCAAUAUAUCAAUAUUCGAGAAAUGGAAUGAUGCUUUUAUCCUCAAGUAUGCUUGAAGAUCAGAACUUGCUCGCGCGAAUGUGAGCUGAGAUUGAUCAUACGACCGUGGUAACUCCUCUUGACACUCGAAGAACAGCCCGUGAGGAGUGUACCAGAGCAAUCGCUUACUCAAUAGCCACUCUUGCAGGAUCCAGCCUCGACGAAACAGAAUACUUGACCACACUUGGUCCACGUAUUCUUCUACCACUGGAACUCGUCGUCUGUAACAAUAGAAAUGACCUGCCACCGCCCUUCCCUUGUCUCGAUAUGGUAAGCGAACGAGCUUUGAAGACCAUGGUAUUGCGUCCUUUGCAUAUGGUCGAAGCAGUCCAUUAGUCAUAUCUUCUGCUGUGCCCGCGAGUGUGAACACUGAGAAUUGGUAAUACUGAGCCAUUUUUGGUGCUUCAUGGCGCCAGUCAACAUAGUUGUCCCCUUGUUGGAUGAUGCAACUUGAGUCGAUCCAGAUGAAAUUAAUCCCCAGCUUUUCCGCAAUAACAAACGCGUCACGGAAUAGCUGCGGCAACUCUCCGAAAUCUUCCCCAAGCAAACGAGCCUCAAUGUUAGAAGUCGUGGUGAUACAUCUGCCUGUAAACUCGUUCCAGCGAUGGGUAAGAGUAAUGUAAGCGCCAGUUAGUCCGUCCGUAUGGCGCAGAUAUAGUCGUUGGCUGUCGCCCUCUCGAACAAUUUCAAUUAACCGAGUCGGAAGCGGAGCAUCGUAGGGAUUGAUAUUGAUAGACCCCGACACGGUAUCGUUGCACUUGGAGUGAGAAGUACAUUCUUGAAGCCAUUUCUGGGCAGUCUCGUAGUGUGACGCUGAUGAUGGAUCACCACCAAUGUACCGCCCGAGGACAUCUCCACUCAUAGCUGCUGCACUUU